AUGUCCACCAAUUCUUUCCCAAUAUUGAAAACUCCAUCAACAUCAAAUAUACAAACUAUAACCAGACCACCUCUGCAAACCAAACCUAAUCUAGUAGCAACAAGAUCUCAAACUACUAUAACCCAACUCCCAUUAUCCCAAAAUCAUUAUUCAACAAGAACAAGAUCAACUACUAUUAAUGAAAUCAAUGAAUUGAUCAAACAAGAUUAUAAAGCCAAUAAGAAUAAAUCCAAUUCUACUGGCGGGAAAAUCAAAUUAUUGGAUGAUGUUGAUUUAGAAAAACAAUUGAUUGAAACUGCUGGUGGGAGAAAUCAUGUUUGGACAUUUAUUUUGAAAUUGGUUAUUUUGACUAUAUUAGUAUUAGGUUCAGGAAUUUUGAUAUUUUAUGCCUUAUAA